UCCCGCCGCUGGCGCCUGCAGCCGCAGUGACAGGCGAGCCGGGCCCGGUGGCGGAGAGGAAGUGCGGGGUCCCGGCACAGAACGGCUCCCCUCGCGGCAAGGGGCGGGGGGGACAGUGUCGCGGUCCCCGAGCGCAGCAGCAGGGCACGCAUCGGGCAGAGCCGAUCGCCAGGCAGAAGCUUCCGCAGAGAAGCGGGGAAAAUGGCUGAUGACUUUGGCUUCUUCUCGUCGUCGGAGAGCGGGGCCCCCGAGGCCACGGAGGAGGACCCAGCUGCCGCCUUCCUGGCCCAGCAGGAGAGCGCGAUCGCAGGCAUAGAGAAUGACGAGGGCUUCGGGACACCUGCCGGCGGCCAGGUGGCCACGGCGCUGCCGGGACUCGCCAGUGGGGCUGGUUCUGAGGACAUGGGGACUACAGUCAACGGAGAUGUGUUUCAGGAGGCUAAUGGCCCUGCAGAUGGUUACGCUGCAAUCGCUCAGGCUGACAGACUGACUCAGGAGCCCGAGAGCAUCCGCAAAUGGAGAGAGGAGCAGAAGAAACGGCUGCAAGAGCUGGAUGCUGCCUCCAAGGUGACAGAGCAGGAGUGGCGGGAGAAGGCCAAAAAGGACCUGGAGGAGUGGAACCAGCGCCAGAGUGAACAAGUUGAGAAGAAUAAGAUCAACAACCGGGCAUCUGAGGAAGCUUUCGUGAAGGAGUCCAAGGAGGAUACCCCAGGCACAGAGUGGGAGAAGGUGGCCCAGCUGUGUGACUUCAACCCCAAAAGCAGCAAGCAGUGCAAAGAUGUGUCCCGGCUGCGUUCGGUGCUCAUGUCCCUGAAGCAGACGCCGCUGUCCCGCUAGGUGCCUGCCAGAAGCACUGGCCAGAGCAUGGGCUGUGCUGGGCCAGAGAAGGAGCAGCUGCUACACACAGCCUAUUCCGUUCUUCUCCAUCUCCUGGGGCUGGGAAGGGGGAGCCUCACCCCUCUCGUCCCUCACCCCCUCCUGGCCCUAUGGUCUAGCCCCUCAUGCCUCCUCUCAGUCCACUCUAUUGUGACCGUCCCUCCUGAUGUAUUUUUUUUCUUGGCUUAAAGGGUGUGUUGUUAACUCUUUUUACAUUUAUUUAUUACCAUCCUCAUUUCUCUGGAAGCCACAAUUGGUGUCAGGGCUGUUUGUGCUUAGAACUUUCCCAGCUUUGUGGCCUCGGGAGGUGAGGAUGCACCCAUGCAAACCUAGGAGCUCCCAGCCAAAAUGGGUCCAGCCUGCCAAUGUCUGCUGCUUCCCUCCCCAGGAGGAAAGACCACCUCUCAGAGAAUGCUUUUUGUAUCCUUGAUCCUUUCUAGCCAUUGUUCUAAUAUAAGACCAAGGACACAAAAGCUCCCAGAGGAAGUGGCUUGCAGGGAAGAGGCAAGACCAGAGACCUCCAGUGGUGGCUUCUAAGCCUGGGCAAGAGGAUGGUGAAGGUGGCUUCUGCCAGACCCUUUCCUUGGGGUUGGCCAGGACUCCAUGAAUGUGCCCUCUCCUUCAGCUGUGCCCUCCUGUGGAUGUGGGAUAAACAACCAGCAGCCACACCUUCUUUCCCUUCAGCAGAGGCUGUAAACAGGAUGUUCAAGCCACUGUGAUCUGCUGGUGUUUAAAAAGUUUUAAGUAGCUGCCAACAAUAUUACUUCCCUAAGGUUGCUGUAACAAAGUACCACAAACUAAUUGGCUUAGAAUAACAUAAAUUUAUUGUGUCACAGUUCUGGAGACUCUAAAUCCAAAAUCAAGGGGUCAUCUGGGCCACUCCCCCUCGAGGCACUAGGGAAGGCCCUGUGCCUCUUUCCUGGCUUCUGGUGGCUCAGGUAGUCCUCUGCUUGCAAAUGCAUCGCUCUAGUUUUGCCUCCAUCGUCAUGUGGCUGUCUUCAUGUCAUCUGUCCUCUAUGAGUGUAUGUCCAAAUUUUCUCCUUGUUACGAGGAUACCAGUCAUUUUGGAUUAGGGCCUACCCUAAUGAUCUUGUUUUAACUACUACCUCUAUAAUGACCCUACUGCCAAAUAAGGUCAUACUCUAAGGAACUGGAAUGCAGAGUGGAGAGAGGAUGUGGCACAAAUAGAAAUAUGCAACACUCAAACUUAACUGUGUCUGGGACAUGAACACUUACAAAUCAUCCCUACAUACCCUUUCU